AUGCCCGUGUACGCAGACAUCACCAAACCUCCCGCUCCACUACCUCAGCCCAAGCCUCAAUCUCUCGGUGAGGGCAUCACCCUGCUCCCGCCGCUUUCAAGGUUGGGUCAUGGUCCAGGCCUUAUUAUUCUAACAGAGGAGUCGGAGAAGCAUCUUCAAAUUAUUGAAGGUGUCCCGUCUGCUCUCAUCAAGUGGGCCGAGGAGGGCUAUGCAGUGGUUGAAAUCCAGGGUAAGGCUUUCAGCAGAGGUGCCAAAGAGGUCAUUGGCGUUGCUCUGGAGGCGCUGAGCAAUUGUGAUAAACUGGAGCCAAAGAAUAGCAAGGUUGGUGUCGUCGCAUAUGACCCCAAACUAUGGAGCCAGGCGGCCCGAGCCCUCCUUGGUUCACCGAAUGUGGUAGGCGGCGUGGUAUAUGCAAGCGCUACAGAUGAAGAUAAACUUGAAACCUGUGGGGUCCCUGUGCUUCGUCAUGUAGCUGGCGGUUCAGCUAUCACUAAAAAGGAGGAUGGAGUGACCACAUAUUCAUAUGCCAAUGGAAAAUCCUUCCGCAUGGCUACGCCGUUUGACAAAGACUUUGACUACUGGGCCGAGUCUCUCUCUCACACCAGGAACCUGACAUUCCUCAAGCCACUGAUGGGCGGUCCCUAUUUCGAUCUCGAACGAAUCUGGGACGAGCAUACCUAUUACGAAUUUGCGGACAGGUCCGUUGAGCACACGAUGAGCACCAUGGUUGAUCAACCAUAUGUCAACCACGUACCCACUCUGACUGGUGGUAUCGGCCGCGGUCCAUUGACCGAGUUCUAUCGAGGGCACUUUAUAUUCCAAAACUCAGUAGAUACCGAGCUGGAACUUAUCAGCCGAACAAUGGGAAUCGAUCGUGUGGUGGACGAAUUCAUCUACAAGUUUACUCACGAUGCCACAGUGGAUUGGCUGCUUCCUGGGGUUCCACCUACCUUCAAGAAGCUGGAGAUGCCGUUCACAGCAGUGGUAAAUAUUCGAGGCGAUCGACUCUAUCACGAGCAUAUUAGCUGGGACCAGGGUACAGUGCUUGCCCAGCUGGGAUUGAUGCCACAGUAUCUCCCAUUUCCAUAUCCCGUUAAGGGUCAGAAGGAAGGGUCGCGUUUCGAAUUCCGGGUGCCGGUGUUGGGAAUUGAGACGGCCAGCAAGAUGAGGGAUCGGAAUUCGGUACCUUCGAACGAGAUGUUUAGCUACAAAGUCCGUGAGGUAGAAUAG